CCUCACCCCAUCAAUCAAUCCUCUUCAAAAUUCAAGAAUCGGUCGGCCCCUCCGCUCCGCGCCAAGCCUUAAAUUCCGCGAACCAAUCAGCAUUCACAUCAAGACCUCAACUCUCUAACGUCCAUCAUUGCUUCACCUGCAAAUGCGCAUACCAAAAUGUCGUAUUAUUUCGCAAUCGUCGGAACGCAGGAUAAUCCUCUCUUCGAAUAUGAAUUUGGAACUGCAAAACAGGGCGGUGAUGGAAUUGCCAGGUUUCCGGAACAGGCGAGACAUAUGAAUCAAUUUAUUGUUCAUAGUAGUUUGGAUAUUGUCGAGGAGGUGCAAUGGGGUGGUGGACAGAUGUAUCUGAAAUGCAUCGAUCGAUUUUACAAUAAUUACGUAUCGUGCUUCAUGACGGGCGGAAAUGUUAAAUUCAUGCUUUUACAUUCUCCCUCUCAACCUGCAAACCCAACGACUUCGAGAACCUCUACAUCGAUCGGGGCGAAUCCUACUUCGCCUCAGACAGAAGAGGCCAUUAAGCAAUUCUUUACAGAAGUUUAUGAGAAUUGGGUGAAAACGAUUAUGAGUCCAUUCUAUCAUGUCAAUCAACCCGUUACGAGUCCGGUAUUUAGGGGACGAGUUGCGGCGGCGGGGAAGAAAUAUUUGUGAGGAGUGUUCAGAGGGAAGUAUGGAGGAAUCAUUAUAAUUAUUACAUCGAGUGUAUGCUCUUCCGUGAGUGUAUUUUGGUGCGACGAAGAGCAGAAGCGCGAGGAACAAGUUCGGGAUUUUUGGUCUGGAUGAAGACUAUAGUCUCGGGAUAUAUCAUAUCACAUGGAGGAUGAUCUUACGAACAGUAGUUGGUAGCACAUUACGGAAGCCAUCUACGCUACCGUGUGGCCCAGGACUUCUCCAGAAGUCCUAGGCUAGAGAUUUCGUCAAUUAGAUCUCACGAUCAGGAAUUUAGUGAGAGGUUUCACUGCGCGCAAAUGGACCGGAGUAUGGUAGUUGAAAAAUAUCUCAGGCUUUGAUGGGAUUUCUUUGCUUGCUCUAGUCCUUCGUCAUACAACAGAUACCUUAGUACGGUUUAGAUUCUCUUAUUGGAGACUACUCGAAACCUCCUCAUCAAAGAUGGUGGUCAGGGCCAUACUUUGAUUUGGGAACUCGGGCUCAUUACUUUUGAGUCCAUACGUGCGGGGCUUGUGGUUUACGAAGCUGGAAGAAGUACGUAUAAUGGGACGCGAUGGGAAUUGAUAAGAUAGCUCACGAACAUUCCCCAAAGAUAAAUACUACAGAAACAUAGUAAUAGAUAUAAUAUAAUAUUCCAAAACGAGCAUUAU